AAACACCCACCACAACCACACUUACCACUACAGCUGAAACACCAACUACAACAACCACACCUACGACUACCCCUACUACGACAACUAGGGAGCCAACCACUACCCCCUGUGUCUGCAUAGUUGAUGGCCAUCAAUAUAAGCCAGGGGAGACAAUAUUCCACAUGAAACCAAUUGGAUCAGGUGUAUGUCUCACAAUGAUAUGCUCUUAUAUUUGUGAGCUUCAAAACAAGACUGCACCUUGCCCGACCACGACUACGACCAUGCCUACAACUACACCCAAACCUCCUAUAUGUCCUGAUUGGGCUGUAGAACAAAAUGAGACAUUCAUAAUCUGCAACUGCACCAUGGCCAAAUGCAUAGAGAACAACACAGUUGUAAUAGUUCCAUAUGAAUGUCCACCACUCAAGAACAUCACUUGUGCUAAUGGGCUGCAGCCAGUUCUUGUGUCGGAUAAGUAUGGCUGCUGCAAGCAUUACGCUUGUGACUGUGUAUGUGAAGGCUGGGGAGAUCCUCAUUACAUCACAUUUGAUGGACUCUACUACAGUUAUCAAGGAAACUGUACUUAUAUUUUGAUGGAAGAGAUUCAACCAAGACAUUAUUUGAGCAUUUAUAUCGACAAUGUCUUUUGUGAUCCUGUUGAAGAUGUUUCUUGUCCAAGAUCAAUAAUUAUAUCAUAUAAUUCAGAAGUUAUCACACUCAUCAAUCACAACCUUCUUGGAGCUGUCGAGUUGGAGGCACUGAAAAACGGACAACGUCUGAAACUACCUUAUUCACAAAACAAUGUUAAGGUUUUGGAUUCUGGCAUGAACUUGGUUUUUGAGAUCCCUCGUCUUGGCGUGGUCAUUACAUUUGGAAUAACUGGCUUUAGGGUUUUCCUUCCGAAUCAAAACUUUGGCAGUAACACACAGGGUCAUUGUGGAACCUGCACUAACAACCGAGAUGAUGACUGCAUGUUGCCUGGAGGCCGGCUGGUGAAGAGCUGUGCGGUGAUGGCCGACUAUUGGCCAGCUAGACACAUUUACCAGCCCAACUGCCACAUGCCAUCUGUGCUGCCCACCGAUAUACCUGAACCUCCACCAACCUUAACUCCAUGCAAGCCAGACUCCAUAUGUCACCUGCUUAGGAGCAGUCUCUUUGCAGCAUGCCAUCCCUUUGUCUCUCCUGAAAAUUUCUACCAAGGUUGUGUUUUUGAUAGCUGCCAUGUUUCCAACCCAGCAGUUGAGUGCACAAGUUUGCAGACUUAUGCGGCUGCUUGUGCUCAGGCUGGAGUUUGUCUGCACUGGAGGAACCACACAACACAGUGUGAAAGUGACUGCCUAUCUAACAAAGUGUACAAGCCAUGUGGUCCUGCUGAACAGCCAACCUGUGAAGACAAUCCAAAUGAACCAACCAUGAACUUCACCACUGAGGGCUGCUUUUGUCCAGAUGGAAUGAAACUCUUCAACAAAGAGUCUGGCAUAUGUGUUGAUAAGUGUGGAUGUCUUGAUCCUGAGGGCAAUCCUCGUGAGUUUAAUGAGAAGUUUGAGUACAAAUGCCAAAACUGCAUCUGUCUGGAAGCCACCAAGACUGUGACAUGCCAGCCGAAGACGUGCCCAAUACCGCCUAUAAUAAGCUGUACUGGUGAUGGGUUCAUCCUUGUCAACGAAACGGAUCCAGCAGACUCCUGCUGUUAUACCUUUGUUUGCCAAUGUCACAGCAACAUUUGCCCACCCAUUGACAAGAAGUGCGGGGCAGGAUAUGAGUCAGAGGACCGUGUUCCUGAGGGAAGAUGCUGUCCAGAACGCACAUGCGUGGCCAAAAAAGUUUGUGUUCACAAAGAAAUUGAAUACCUGCCUGGAUCUCCAGUUCCUGGGCCUGAAUGUCAGGAAUGUUUCUGUACCCGGGAGGUGGAUCCUGAAACUAGUCUAUUUAAAAUACGUUGUGAUUUUGUGAAAUGUGACGAAAACUGUGACCUGGGAUAUGAAUAUCAGGAAGAGACUGAUUCAGAUGCAUGUUGUGGGAAGUGUGUACAGACUCACUGUGUUGCCAGUGUUAAUGGUACCAACAAGCUCUUGAAGCCUGGAGAUACCUGGGCACCACCUGAGAAUAAGUGUCUGCAUUACACCUGCAUUAAGAUCGGAAACACUUUAACAACAUUCAAUUCUCACAUUGUCUGCCCGCCGUUCAACCCCAAAAACUGCCAACCUGGCACUAUUCAGACAUCAGCAGAUGGCUGCUGUAAAAUUUGUGUUGAGAAGGAGAACGGCUGCAAGUUAGUCUCCAUGAAAAAACACAUCACGCACAAUAGAUGCCAGUCUUACAGUGAGGUGGAUGUGCCAUAUUGUGAAGGAUCCUGCAACACUUACACCAUGUACUCUGCAGCAGCAGCUGCUAUGGAGCAUUCCUGCACCUGCUGUAGGGAGACACGCUCCAGCCGUCGCACCAUUGACCUGCACUGCCUGAAUGGAGAUGUGGUUGCCUUCUCGUACAUCCAUGUGGAGCAAUGUGGCUGCGGCAAAACAGCCUGCACCAAACCUGCUGCACCACCUGCUCGCAGCAGGCGAAGCUCCAAACGGGGUUGAUAUAAACACCUGUCAUCACAGUCAUGGAUGCAGGACGUAUACGUUUCUGUCAAUAUUGUCUUAACAAUCAUUACAUCUCUUACCAAGGAAUUGCCUUUGUAGAGAGAAUAUUUACCAAUUGAUCAAUUAAAAUCAUGCA